CAGAUGCAUUGGCAACUUUUGGCUCUACUCUCCCUGUUUUGUCAGAUGCUCCUAUUGACGUUAGCUGUGAGGAAAAGAAGAGAGAGCUGGCGUCAGGACUGCAGGAGCUGUGUGCUGUGCUCUAGAGAGAAUGGCUGUCUGCGCUGCUCCGAGCGUCUCUUCCUCUUCCUGCGCAGAGAUGGCAUCCUUCACCAUGGAUCCUGUCUGCACUCUUGUCCUGCCGGACACUUCGGCCUCAGAGGAAAAGAGCUCAACCGCUGCAUGAAAUGCAAAGCUCCAGAGUGUGAGAGGUGCUUCAACAAAGACUUCUGCACCAAGUGUAAGAUCGGCUUUCUGCUCUUCAAGGGCAAAUGCUUCAAGAGCUGUCCAGAGGGCACGUUUGCUCAGUCCACAGACUGUGUGGAAGGCUGUGUGUUCAGUGUUUUUGGUUUCUGGAGUGAAUGGAGCUCAUGUCAGCACAACGGCCUGAGCUGUGGAGUCACAUGGGGCCUUCAGAGCAGGACCCGAGAGCUGUCCAGAAACACACCUGAGGAGAAGGAAACCCUGUGUCCACCUCAAACCGAGAGCAGAAAGUGCCAGAUGAAGAGACGGUGUCGCAAAGAUAAAAGAAAAAAUGAAAAGAGACAGGAGAGAAGAAAUGCACAGAAAAAGCUGAAGCUCUACGGGAACAGAACCAUAACAAAUCCUCCUCAGGGGAAUUUAAAUUUCCGCAGUUUUGUUCCUCAAUAA